AUGAUUGAAAGUAAAGUUGAACUGGUGGCGGAAUUAGUGUUAGAGUCCAUAGGUAAGACGGAUGUGGUAUCUCGCCACACAUUGGGGGCGCAAUUAAGCCAAGUUAGUUUCCACAUCGCAGCUUCGUCGGAAGAGGAGGGUGCGUCAUCUCCCUUUGAGCUAACGGUGGUUCAGACGUUGAAUGACAAAGACAAGUACACUGUGGUUAUCUGCCAUGGUUCGUCGGUCACUAUGGCAUGCCUGGUGAGUUACAACGACUUCAAACUGCCCACAGAACUGAGGUGGCCCCUGGAAAGAGAAGCCUUGCCCGUAGAGCCAGAUUUGAAACCUGUGCUCACACAGCUCAAGAAACAGACCACUGAUAGUGCUGAGAUACCAAAGUUCGACGAUGAGUACCAGGCACAAACAAGACAGAAUCAGGGAGCUGCACCACUGAAUCCGUAUCCGGGACUCACAGUAACCGAACCGAGCUUUACAAAUCCGGAAAGUGGGUAUGCGGACCGUGAUCUGUAUCCUAUGGGUACCAGCCAUCCAGACUGGUCUCGAGGUCUUCCCAAUCCUUUGGGCGCUCCAGGCAGCCAAGGAGGUAUGAUAUUCGACCCAAAUAGAAGGCCUCCUCAAAGGCGAGAAGACAUGCCACCGGGGUGGAUGCCUGGUUCGAAAUACGACGAGCCAUUUGGACCCGGGUCUAGUGGAUUUGGGAGUUCAGGACCCGGAUUUUUUUAG